AAGAGCAGCUUUGAGGUAAACAAUAACCAGAGUAGAGAUCAUUUCAUGAAGAGGAGAACAUGAAGCUUUAUCUGUAUCAAGCCAUCUUUACACUUCUGGUCUGUGAAGGACUCAUUAAAGGAGACCAAGUUUUCCGAAUCCAUGCGGAAACUGAGGACCACCUUGAGGUUCUGAAUAAGCUGAAAGGAAACCGGGAGCUGGAUUUCUGGACUGAUGGCAUCUCUACCGCUCUGCCUGUUGAUAUCCGCGUGCCUCACGCCAGUCUGUACGCUGUUAAAAAAUUCCUCAAUGGAAAGAAGAUCCCUUUCACAGUCAUGAUCAACAAUGUGCAGGAACUUCUGGAUAAGGAAAAAGCAGAGAUGAGGAAAAAUGCAGCGAUGGAGAGCAGUAGCAAGAUCUUUAACUUUACUACUUAUCACACCCUGGAUGAAAUUUACAGUUGGAUGGAUACUCUUGUUGCGGCUCACUCUAAUGUCGUCUCUAAAGUGGAUAUUGGCAAGUCUUAUGAGAACCGGCCCAUGUAUGUCCUCAAGUUCAGCACAGGUGGAGCAGGAAAACCAGCGAUCUGGAUUGACGCUGGAAUCCACGCCAGAGAGUGGAUUUCCCAUGCAACUGCAGUGUGGAUAGCCAACCAGAUUGCCACAGACUUUGCAAGUAAACGUGCCCCUGUGCCUAAAAUCCUGGGUGUAAUGGAUAUCUACAUGUUGAUUGUGGCAAACCCCGAUGGAUACGUCUUCUCCCACACUUCCCCAAAUGAACUUUACCGGUUUUGGCGUAAAAAUCGUUCUGUGACCUCUAACCCCAAAUGUCGUGGCGUUGACAUCAAUCGGAACUGGGAUGCUGAAUUUGGGACUCCUGGAGCCAGUGACGAUCCCUGUGCUGAAGACUACCGCGGCCCUUCUGCUAACUCUGAGAUUGAAGUGAAAAAUAUGGCUAAUUUUAUUGUGAACAAUGCGAACUUUAAAUCUUUCAUUACUCUUCACUCAUUCAAACAGCUCCUUAUGUAUCCUUACGGUUAUACUGGAAAAGACACUCCUGACAAAAGUGAACUUCACAGUGUGGCUCUGUCUGCAGCAAAUGCACUCAAAUCUUGGCAUGGCACUGUCUACCAAGUCGGAAGUAUCUUUAGCACUAUAGAGCAAGCUAGUGGUGCAAGUAUUGACUGGGCUUACAAUCGUGGCAUCAAAUAUUCCUAUGCUUUUGAGCUGCGUGAUACUGGCACGUACGGAUUCCUCUUGCCUGCGGACCAAAUCGUUUCAACUUCAAGAGAGACAUGGCUUGCUAUCAAAUACAUCAUGAACUAUGUUUGUGAUAAACUUUAGGAUAAA